AUCCUCACCAUCCAGAGUGACCCUCACCUGGGCUUCCCCAUGUAUUUCUUCCUGGCCAACCUGGCCUUUCUGGACAUCUGCUACUGCUCCGUCACCCCCCCCAAAGAUGCUGGCUGACUUCUUUUUCCACCACAAGACCAUCUCCUAUGGGGGCUGUAUGGCCCAACUCUUCUUCAUCCACUUCCUGGGGUCGACGGAAAUUUUCCUGCUCAUGGGCAUGGGCUUUGAUAGGUAUGUAGCCAUCUGCCAUCCCCUGCGCUAUGCCAGCAUCAUGAGCAGAGAGAUCUGCUGUGCCCUGGUUGGGGCUGCUUGGGCCGGAGGCUUCAUGCACUCCAUCCUCCAGGUGGUGCUGAUUAUCCAGCUGCCAUUCUGUGGCCCCAAUGAGCUGGACAAUUUCUUCUGUGACAUCACCCAGGUGAUCAAGCUGGCCUGCACUGACGUCUACAUGCUGGAGUUCUUCAUGUUCUUCAACAGUGGCCUGAUCACCUUGAUGUGCUUCCUUCUCUUGCUCUACUCCUAUGGGGCUCUGCUGGUCCGACUGCAGAUGGGCAACCUCUCAAAGGGGAUGAGUAAAGCGGCCUCCACCUGCGUCACCCACAUCAUCAUCGUCUUCAUCAUGUUUGGCCCAGCCAUCUACAUCUACUGCUGGCCCUUCCAAAGCUCUCCUCUGGACAAAGUGGUGGCUGUGUUCCACACUGUUGUCUUCCCGCUCAUGAACCCCAUGAUCUAUACACUCAGGAACAAGGAGAUCAUCAGUGCAAUGAAGAGGCUGCUGAGUAGACGAGCUCUGGAGAGGGCAACAGAAGGAAGUUAAAAUACAGAAGUGCAGGGUUUGGAAUUAUUUCAGGGAACUUCUCUAGCAUGUGUCAGAUUAGAUUAUCUCAGCAGUCCCCUCUGGGCUCUUAACUGAUGAAUCUCUACGUUUAUCAAUGUGACAGGCCAGAAUCUGCAUUGAAUUACACUAGAGUAACACUGGAGUAAAGCGGUAUCUAUGGAGUAACUUUUUAGUAACUCUGUAAAAGCCAUGGAAUGAUUCUGUAGUAAAUAAGAAGAAAGCAUACAGUAUUGGUUGGGUAACUGUAAUAUAGUAGUAUCUAUAUAGAAAUACAGUAGGACCUCAGGAUUUAUUCUUUCAUAUAUAUGGAGUGAACUUGUAAUAUCAGUGGAGUAACAUUUUAAUGGCUCUGUGACAUCUAUGAAGGAACUCUGUAUUAUGUGUGGAGCAACUUUGUAAUGUCUAUGGAAUAACUAUGUACUAACCUUGUAUGAUAUACUGUGUGAUUCUUUAGUAUCUGUGGCACAAUUCUAUAGUACAUAAGUAGUACCUCGGCAAAAAAUGUGAACUGACUGUAUAGAUUCUAUGUAGUAAAUUUAUAAAAUCUGUUUAAGAAGUGUGUAGCAAAUCAGUAUUACAUACAUAGUAACUUUGUUGUAAAUCUGUAGUAUCUACAGAGUAAUAACAAUGUAGUAAUUUUGUCAUAUCCAUGGAAUAACUCUGUAGUAUAUAUGGAGGAACUGUGUACUGAUUAUUUAUUCUAUGUGGGGUAAGUCUAGAUUAUCUCUGGAGUAUCUUGUGAAUAAUUACAGAAUUGUGAAUAUGGGUGCAUGAGAAUUUCAUUAAGAGCAUCAGGUGGACUGAGAGAGAACUUCCAAUAUGGGACUAUUUUUAAGCAAAUAAAAAAAUCCCUUCAAAUGUAA